UUCUACCAACUUAAUGACCUUCAUCAACGAUGUGAAUAAAGAUUUCGAGAAACUCAAAUCGGUUGGUUUUACUUGGGAUGAGGAUAUCGUCAAGGGUAUGGUCUUUCAACUCUGUGCCCCAACUACUGGGGAGUAUGGUAUGGACAUUAUAAAUGCGACUCUCGACGCGCAAUACCAGCUAGACAAGAAACCCUUUUCCUCUACUGAGGUACGAGCAGCCAUGCAAAAUCUCAUCACAACUCGUAGAACGGUACAUGAGAGUGAAGGGAUUCAAGCACUCAGCAGCUCUUUCGCUCAAAUGAACACCGGCAAUUUGAAUAACCGAUUCGACAAUCAGCCUCGAUUUACUCCUCCGCGUUACUCGACUCCCAGUAAACCAAUUUUGAUGAACUUUACUGGACCUACCCCUCCGGGCCCGAUUUCAGCUUUGAUCAAAGACAGAAACAAAUCGGAAAUCAACCCGAUCAAGCCCGGACAAGCAGCAGCUCCCAAAGUACUUCAAGGCCUUUUUCAAUGCUUUCAUGGUGGCGUGUUCGGUCAUGGAACUCAGCGUUGUCCUCUUUGGAUGAAACGAAUCAAUCGCACGGCGCCUCACUUUUGGGAUUGGAGAAAGACGAAUCUCAAUAGAUUUUACAGUAUACAAGCUUUAGGCCUUAAUCCCUCUUCAAUCUCGGCUCGUUAAAUUCAAGUAGAACAUACUCCUUCAUCAUAUACGCCAUCUCAAGUAUCGGCAUCAACCGUAGCUUGGAGUGCAGAAGGCAAUCAACCUGACUCUGUCCCCACAGAGUAUUUGUUGGACAGCGGUGCCACGCAUCAUGAAAAGGAAACCUCCGAGUGAAGGCGACGAACGGAUCUGAUGUCAUCAUCACAGAUGUCUAUUACAGUCCUCAAGCUACAGGAAUGCUUAUUUCUCAAGCAGCGCUGGUCAAAAAUGGAGCAAAGUUAUGGUUCUGGGGAAAUGAUGUUAUUUUGAGAAUGAGAGAUGGUCUAUCAGUAGCAGCUUCUUAUUGUAAUCGGCGCUGGGUUAUAAAUGCAAUCCAAACUCAUGUUAUCACC